GUCUCGCGAGAGCUGCGUGAUCGGGGCGGAGGCGGCUCGUCGUCCCGCUUCCUUCCUCCUCCGCGUUAGUUCCGGUCGCAGAGGAGACGCCGCCGCAGUUGCAGCCGCCCCGGGGUUUCUGGCUCUUUGCUCUUCGCCUUAAACUCGGUGAGGCCCGGGCCCGCAGGUGUCUUUUAUGAAUAAUCAAAAGCAGCAGAAGCCGACGCUAUCGGGCCAGCGUUUUAAGACCAGAAAAAGAGAUGAAAAAGAGAGAUUUGACCCUACUCAGUUUCAAGACUGUAUUAUUCAAGGCUUAACUGAAACUGGUACUGAUUUGGAAGCGGUAGCUAAGUUUCUUGAUGCUUCUGGAGCAAAGCUUGACUACCGCCGAUAUGCAGAAACACUCUUUGACAUCCUGGUGGCUGGUGGAAUGCUGGCCCCCGGUGGCACCCUGGCCGACGACAUGAUGCGCACAGACGUCUGCGUGUUCGCAGCACAGGAAGACCUGGAGACCAUGCAGGCGUUUGCGCAGGUUUUUAACAAGUUAAUCCGGCGCUACAAAUAUCUGGAGAAAGGUUUUGAAGAUGAGGUGAAAAAGCUGCUGCUGUUCUUAAAGGGUUUCUCAGAGUCGGAGAGGAACAAGCUGGCCAUGCUAACGGGCGUGCUUCUGGCCAACGGGACGCUCAAUGCGUCCAUCCUCAACAGCCUGUACAACGAGAAUCUGGUGAAAGAAGGGGUUUCAGCAGCGUUUGCUGUGAAGCUUUUCAAAUCCUGGAUCAAUGAGAAGGACAUCAACGCGGUGGCUGCCAGUCUUCGGAAAGUCAGCAUGGAUAACAGGCUGAUGGAACUUUUCCCUGCCAAUAAGCAGAGCGUGGAACACUUCACAAAGUACUUCACCGAGGCAGGCCUGAAGGAGCUCUCUGAGUAUGUCCGGAACCAGCAGACCAUUGGUGCCCGGAAGGAGCUCCAGAAGGAGCUCCAGGAGCAGAUGUCCCGCGGUGACCCGUUCAAGGACAUAAUUUUGUAUGUCAAGGAGGAGAUGAAGAAGAACAACAUCCCAGAACCUGUUGUCAUCGGCAUCGUCUGGGCGAGUGUGAUGAGCACCGUGGAGUGGAACAAAAAGGAGGAGCUUGUUGCAGAGCAGGCCAUCAAGCACUUGAAGCAAUACAGCCCUCUACUUGCUGCCUUUACCACGCAAGGUCAGUCGGAGCUGACUCUCUUGCUGAAGAUUCAGGAGUAUUGCUAUGACAACAUUCACUUCAUGAAAGCCUUCCAGAAAAUAGUGGUGCUUUUUUAUAAAGCCGAAGUCCUGAGCGAAGAGCCCAUCUUGAAGUGGUAUAAGGAUGCGCACAUGGCCAAGGGGAAAAGCGUCUUCCUGGAGCAGAUGAAGAAGUUUGUGGAGUGGCUCAAGAACGCAGAGGAAGAGUCCGAGUCUGACGCAGAAGACGGGGACUGAAUUUUGAACCUGCGUCCUCAGUAAAGCAAGCAGGGUGUAGAUAAAUGUGUCUCAUGUGUCCUGGUUCGUACAUCUUCCUACCUCCCCGUAUCGAGCAUGAUAGAAGGGCUUUCAUGGCAAACUUUAUUUUACCUGUUUCUAUGGUUACUGGAAAUGUUGAGUUUAGUUCCUAAAACCAUGUUCUAAGUAUUGCAGGAGCUAUAGAUUUGAAUCCAACGUUGCAUUAGUCUUUUCAGUUCCCUUCUACCUCCUGUAUUUUCUACUGUAAUAAUGUAAUUUAAGGCCUUCCACAAUUAACAGUUCACAUUAUUCCCUGGGUUUUCUAUAUAUAAACAGUUUUCAGGAUAUGAUUUGGUUAAAAAUAAUUUGUUAUAAAAAUUUUGUUUGCAAAUUAAACUGUAAAGGCAUCCAAAUUCUCAAAAGCCAAUGAUCUGUGUGAUAACUUGGUUGCCCAGAGAGCCCUGCUCAUCACAGAAAUCCCAGUGGUCGAGCUCGUUCACACGGAGCCCGAGCGCCCAGGCCGCUGCUUGCGUGUAGCGCUUCCUGCCUUCUUACCCCAUGUCCUCAGCUCAGUUGUUUGCUGUCUGGUUUCCGUCCUCAGUGAAGCCGCGGAGAACAGACCUGAGGAGUUCUGGAAUCAGAGGUGGCGGGGAGUCCUUUUCCCGCCAAGAAACUUCGGCAGUCAGUUCACGGAUGGGUUUUCUUCCCAUGCAUCCGUUGUCAGUGUCCCUUAGAAAAGUCUCGCUCGCACUGCGCUCACGUGAUAGGAAAGCGCUUCCGAAGGUGUGCGUGAGAAAGGACUGGCCGGUACUGAACCCAGGAGAACUGUCGGCAGUGGUGAGACGGGCCUGCUCCUGGGACCCCGCGGCCUGGUGGUGCUGAGGAGGGCGAGAGGCGCGGUCCUUCUCUGUCCCUGCGCUGUGCCCGCCCUCGGCCGUGACGCCGCGUCCAGCUGGGACAUCCCCCACCCGCCAGGUUUAAUUGCCAUGAGCCAAACGCUUGUAGACGGUUGGUCCUAGAUUUUAAUGUCUGCCUCUUCGUUUUCCUCUGUUGCUGCUGCUGCCCGUCUGUGUGUGGUCGUGGGGCUGUGGUAACAGUGACCAUUGUGAAGGGGCCCCUUUUGAAGGUGCCAUUCUCCUCACCAAGACAGUGUCCCCUUGACAGAGGGACGUGUAACAUGAUUGGAAAGGAAGGUAUAAGGACCUUGAGAGCAUCAGACUGGUCACAUUGUGAACGGAGGAAGGUUAAGUGAGUAACUCGGAUGAAGUUUUCACGCACCGGCAAAAUGUAUUCACUAGAUUUCUACAUAGUGCUCUGCUUUACUUUGUAAUUUGUAGUCCUCAAAAGACUUUUUUUUAAAUAAAAUCCAUCCUUACACUUA